AUGUCUUUCUGUCGGGCCAUUUGCCCUCCGGUGACAUCAUCCGCACCCAUGCUCAGACUGGCCAUCAAGCCAUGCAGAGCAGGAUGCGCCUGCGCGUCGCGCUCCUUUUCGUCAUAUGGGGGCAUCUACCGAUCCUCGAAACGUGACAUGCAGACUGCGACGGCCUUCCGACCUCACACCCUCCCUGAUAACUUUCCUCCGCCUCGCAAUAUCGGCAUCACCGACACCUCCAUUGCUGCCGAUGCACCAUUCAUUCCGCAGAGGGGCACAGCACAGAGCCACGACCAGACCGGGUCUCCUACCGAAAAGGCCUCCGAAUCAAGCUCAGAUGUCAGUCUGAGAGAGGGCGAAGCACAGAAACCGACCCCUGUUGAUUCUUCCUCAACCGCAUCCGCACAGACAUCAUCCCAAGAGACGACGAAGCCCCGACGCUCUAGGCUUCGCCCCAGAAAAGCGGCCAUGACGCUGACGCCAGCCGCCAUUAAGCAGCUGCGCGCCCUGUUGUCGCAGCCAGAUCCAAAGAUGAUCAGAGUUGGGGUGAAGAACCGGGGCUGCUCGGGCCUGUCUUACCACCUGGAGUACGUCGACAAGCCCGGCAAAUUCGACGAGGUUGUCGAGCAAGAUGGAGUGAAAGUCUUGAUCGACAGCAAGGCUCUAUUCAGCAUCAUUGGAAGCGAGAUGGAUUGGCAUGAGGAUAAAUUGAGCCAAAGGUUCAUAUUCCGAAACCCUAAUAUAAAGGAACAGUGCGGGUGCGGUGAGUCCUUUAUGGUCUAG